AUGCAGGAUGUGCUGCCGUGCACGAAACCUGUUGAAAACGGGGUGGGAAACAGUAAAAAAACUGGGUACGUAAGUGCCUGGAUAGCCUUCUGGAGGACAUUCAGCUUAGGAAUUUUGCUAGCUCUCUCCUCCUUUUCAUGGGACAAAACCGUGGAACGUUUCUCAGCCAUUCUUCAAGUGCCUAUAUCAGAUGUUCAAGAUAAAGCUCAUCAAACAGAGGCCCUGCACCUAACAAGUACGUGGAUUGUAAUGUGGCUAUGGAGAAUUGUGGAUGGCCAGGCAAUCUUACAAAUGGUGCUCAUAGCCAUCUUCAUAGAUAGAAUCUGGGAAUUUCUUACUUUCAUGUUGUAUGUUGGCUGGGCUGUCAUCAUUGGAAUUAUCAUUAUUAGUGAAAUUCACAUCAGAUAUCUUCGAGAAAAGUGUUGUUGCAUGAGCAGGUCACUUGCAAAAAGAGCAAGGAACCUGCUCAUGCUUUACUACAGUGAUGUUGACUUGGUUUUUUUCCUCUCUCUCUCUUCCUUUCUCUCUCUCUCUUUUUCUCUCUCUCUUCCUUUCUCUCUCUCUCUCUCUCUUCCUUUCUCUCUCUCUCUCUUCCUUUCUGCAAACUGUUUCAGUCCUGACUUAUUGAUUACUGACAAUGUUGUUCUGGUGGCAAGUUCCAUGCAAGUUUCCACUCUUUCUGAUCACGGUGAAGAAAAUGGGUCUUAUUCGUCAUUUGCAACUUGCAUUUUUGUGGGACAUACAUAUAUUUGUUUACUACAAUUCUUUCUGACACACUUUUGUCACAUGAUCAUCAUUUGUGAUUGUUUUAACAUCAAUAACAAUUCUAUUGAUUGGUUUGGAAUGCGUUACUAA